ACAUCAGCGCGAGGACCCGAAGCAGGUGGGUAAUCCACGGGCUUGUACAAAGUAAGUGAGAAAAAAAUUGUCGUUUCAACUCUCCACUGAACAAGUUAGCUACUUGGCAAUACGCCAGUUUGCCGAGGACUUUAAGAACGCUCUGCCAGAGAACGGAGCAGGAAAUGACGCUGUAGUAAAUAAACAAAGGAAAGCUUCCGGUACAAAGAGCAAGGUGACGCGAAACGACCCAUAACUCUGGGAGACCGGAAGCCUUCUAGUGAACGAUAAUAGGAAGAGAGAAAGAGAAAGCGAACAGGAACGGGGGCUCAACACCGCGCUACAGUAAGAACUUGCGCCAUAUGCUAUACUAACAUACCCGAGGCUGGGGGACUGGGACUGGGAAAAUAAACGGACAGCAGGCAAACGCAGACUGACGCUGUUUAAAGAGCUGACAGACGCUGCGCAGACAGACGCCGUUAAGAGAGGCAACAACAUUGAAUGUUAGUAAAGAGCUAUUAACAAAAAAUAAAAACGAGAUGGCGACCAGGAGAGGCCCAUACGUGUCUGAAAAAGUAAUAAAAGGUCUUAAUCAUGACCCAGCCACGCCAGAAAGGAACCCAGAAUAUGGGGCGAGACUGGAGCACCUGAUAGAAAUUACAACAAAUUCCCUGAAAGAUACAGCAGUAUUCCAGCAGGAAUCGAAGGAGAGAAUGGCCAGACUGGAACUAGAGUUACUGAACAUCAAGAAAGAGAUGGGCCACUUUAAAAAAAUUGAUGAAACAUUAAACAUAAUCAAAGACGGAUUAAAAGACCACGAGAACCGGAUCACAGAUAUUGAGGACUCAAUGGAAAACUUGAAAGACAACUUCCUGAGGCAAGAAGACGCAGUGGCACUACUGGAAUACGCCCAAAAGGAAAAUACAUUGAGAAUCAGAGGAAUAUCAGAGUGCGAUGGUGAAAUAUUAUCUAAACGCCUUAUGCCAUUACUCCAAGAGGUUUGGGACCUUGAAGAAGAAGACGCUAUAAGGGAAAUUGACCAACUAUACCGGGUAAAUUCAAGAGUAGCCCAUGAUAGGAAACUACCAAGGGACAUAAUAAUGCAUUGUGUGAGAAAAAGCUUGAAGGACGAAAUCUUAAGAUAUCACUCGAGGCAACCACUCAAACUGGAUGGGAAAACGCUGAUUAUAAUGAAGGAAAUCCCACAAUCAAUCCAGAGGCGGAGGAAGGAUUAUAAAUGUUUAACGGACACACUCAGGAGAAAUAAUAUUACAUACCGCUGGAUUAUUCCGGAAGGGGUCUCCUUUGUUUGGAGUGGGAAGAGAUUAAACAUCAACACGGUACAAAGAGCGCAGGAGAUUUCGCAAAAAUUGAAAAAAACCAUCCAAGAAAAAGGAAACAGCCAGGAUUGUGAUAGCUCGGCACUGGAAGUCAGACCAAUUACCCAGGAUCGAGGAGUGGAGGGAGAAGGUACAAACCUUAUAUGUAAUGGACAGACUCUCAUUCCAGAUCAAGGAGUUACCAUCGGAGGAAUAUCAACAAACCUGGACACCGUGGACAUUGUAUCAGUCAAAUAACUAUGACAUUAAGAUCUCUCCAAUAGAAUACUGAAUACACCGGAACUUAUUCUUUUUUUCUUUUCCGUACCAGAAGGAUAUUAGGUUGAAAUGUAAAAUCAGUGGUGAACUUUCUCUUCUUUUGGGAAAUUGUGAUCAAGCUUUAGGACUUGUGAUUAAGUUUUGUUUUCCUUUAUAAAUAGACGGGACUUAGAGUCGUGAAGACACUGAACUAUAUGGAAGUAACUGGGGGGAAGUCA